UACCGCUGCAGCUGUAGUAACUCACAAACAACACAGAGACAGACAUAAGCGACGGGACUUGAACAAGCUCAAGAUUUUUCUCCUGUGAUACCGCUGCACAAAACAGUUACGCUGGAAUUUUCGGAGACCGACUCAGACAUGUCAUAUGUCUUCAUCAAUGACUCGUCGCAGACCAGUGUACCGUUACUGCAGGCUUGUAUUGAUGGGGACUUGAGUUUCGCUAGACGUCUGCUGGAGGCUGGGUGUGACCCCAACAUCCGUGACCACAGGGGCCGCACAGGUCUGCAUCUGGCAGCGGCGCGAGGUAAUGUGGACAUCUGCCGCUUCUUGCACAAGUUCGGCGCAGAUCUGCUGGCCACUGACUAUCAGGGCAACACUGCACUGCACCUGUGUGGACAUGUGGACACGAUUCAGUUCCUGGUGUCCAAUGGUCUCAAAAUUGAUAUUUGUAACCACAAUGGCUCGACACCCCUGGUGCUGGCUAAGAGGAGAGGAGUAAACAAAGAUGCCAUUCGGUUGCUGGAAGGUCUAGAAGAGCAAGAGGUCAAGGGUUUCAACAGAGGAGCUCACUCCAAACUUGAAGCCAUGCAGAUGGCUGAAAGCGAAAGUGCGAUGGAGAGCCAUUCACUGCUGAAUCCAAACCUGCAGAACAGUGAGGGUGUGCUGUCCAGCUUUCGCUCCACCUGGCAGGAGUUUGUGGAGGACUUGGGCUUCUGGAGGGUCCUGCUGCUGCUAGUGGUCAUCGCCCUUCUUUCUCUGGGCAUCGCUUACUAUGUUAGUGGCGUUCUGCCCUUUUCUGCAAGUCAGCUGGAGUUGGUCCACUGAGGGCCAGAUUGUGUUAUAUUUCGGGACCAGACGGGUCAAACUUUAAACUAAAGGGAGGUUUGAGUGGACUUUUAAGGUACACUGAAGGUUCCUCAUAGUACAAGAUUAGGUCUAACAUGAAGUUUAGAAACAAUCUUGUUAUUCUCACAGGUGAGGUCGAGUGACGGCGUUCACAUGAUGAAGGCCUGCACUAUGAGGGAAGACCGAAAGGUAAAGGUUAAGGUAUUUAUGGGAGAAAAUGUUAGUAUUUCAAAUAUACCCAAAGUGAUGUAAACCAAUUUCUCACAAAUCUUUCCUUGAUCACUGAACCUGGCCAACUGGUUGAACAGUAGACAUAUACACUCAUUAUAAUUUCAGUGGUGAUGUAAACAACAUUAUAUGACUGUUGUAGGUUAGAUCAGGCAUGAUGUUUUCAUCCUUGUAUUAACAUAUUUUCCUUUUCUGUCAUCUUUAUUUUUGUGUGUAUAUAAAGUCUUUGUUGUGGAAGUAUGACAAUAGACCAGUUACUACAUACAUAUGCUUAUUUGCAUAUCUGUAAUUCAACAGUUUACAUUGUUACAUUGAAUAACGGUAUGUAAAAUGUUACAUAUACCAAUAAAUAGCCAUCAGGACUUUCCUGUUUGUGCACAGAU